GGUAACUGAUCAUCAUUCCUUGCUCUGGCGCCUUAUAAGCCAUAUACUGUACACCUGUAUAUUUUAGGUUUCCAAUAAGUUGGUCUGACGUACUUAGAGAUGUCAAACGGAACAAUGGUUUGUAAGCUUAACGGCUAUGCCAAUGGUAAUUCUAUUACCGGUAAAUCGAAUGGUAUAUCGAAUGGUACAUCUAAUGGUUCAUCAAAUGGUUUAUCAAAUGGUUUGUCAAAUGGUUCAUCAAAUGGUAAAGCUAAUGGAUUACCCAAAGGUUUAUCUAAUGGCUGUUCCAAUGGUUUGUCAAAUGGAUUGAAAAAGACUUCUCCUGGUGAAGAGAGUUCAUCGGUUAAAUUGAUUGAAGAAUAUGAAGCGACUCCAUUCAUAAUAAUCGUUCUUUGCUAUAUUUCCUAUGUUAUUUUGAAUUUUUUUGGACAUUUACGUGAUUUUCUUCGGAACACUGGUAUAGAGAAGAACAAAUGUGCCGUUGAACGUAACCGACCGGGUUAUGUGCCGUUAUACAGUAAUUAUGAAAGCUUUUAUACAAGAAAUAUUUAUCGCCGUAUUUGCCAUGGUUGGAAUCAACCAAUCUGUAGUUUGCCUGGUACAACCAUUGAUAUUAUGGAUCGGGAUACUGACGACUACAAUUGGACUUUCAGAUUCCCGGGAACAACAAGCAAGUGUAUCAACAUGGGAUCGUAUAAUUACUUAGGAUUUGCUGAAAAUGUUGGUCCUAGAGCAGAUGAAGUUCAAGAAAGUAUUUUAAAAUAUGGAACAAAUGUUGGAUCUCCAAGGCAUGAAUUCGGUACAUUGGAUAUUCAUCAUAAGCUUGAGAAACUUUUAGCUGAGUUUUUGCAAGUUGAAGAUGCUGUUGUAUUUGGAAUGGGUUUUGCGACAAACUCUACUAACAUCCCCGCACUUGCUGGAAAAGGUUGUCUCCUCUUGAGUGAUGAAUUAAAUCAUGCUUCUCUCAUUCUUGGAUGUAAAUUAUCUGGUGCAACAAUCAAGGUUUUCAAGCACAACGACAUGACUGACUUGGAAGCCAAACUUCGUCAAGCUAUCGUCGAGGGUGAACCAAGAACUUCUCGUCCAUGGAAAAAAAUUAUUAUUGUUGCUGAAGGUGUAUAUAGCAUGGAAGGUUCAAUCGUCAACUUACCUGAGAUAAUUAGACUCAAGAAAAAGUAUAGAGUAUAUCUUUAUUUGGAUGAAGCUCAUAGUAUCGGAGCUAUUGGAGAACACGGAAGAGGAGUGUGCGAUUAUUUUGGUCUUGACACAAAAGAUGUUGACCUUUUGAUGGGAACAUUCACUAAAAGUUUUGGCUCGGCCGGUGGUUAUAUUGCUGGUUCAAAACAAUUGAUGAAUCACAUUCGUUUACAUUCUCAUAGUUUUGGCUAUGCUAGUAGUAUGGCAGCUCCAGUUGCCCAACAAAUAUUAGGUGUACUCAAGACCAUAAUGGGAACUGUGGGUGAUGGAGAAGGACAACGAAGGAUAUCAAGACUUGCCAGAAACUCACGAUAUUUUCGCCAGAAACUUAAACAACUGGGUUUUAUUGUUUAUGGUAACGAUGACUCACCAGUUGUUCCAUUACUAAUUUAUUUUCCAGGAAAAAUUGUUGCUUUCGUUGCUGGAGCUAAAAAAUUAGGUGUAGCUACAGUUGGAGCAGGUUAUCCUGCAACACCAUUAAUUGAAUCAAGGGUUAGAUUCUGCCUCUCAGCCUCUCAUACCAAAGAAAUGCUUGACAAAGCUCUUGAAGUAACAAGUAUCCUUGGAGAUAAAUUUGCUCUUAAAUACUCACGUCGGACACGAAACACGUGCAAUAUAGAAUAUUGAAUGUUAUUUAUCAACUAGGAAAAUUUAUUCUAUCAUUACCAACUACUUUACAAAUUUAUAAAAUUUAUAACUUGAAUCAAAAAAACAAUCAAACUGAGGGCAAACUCCUUCACUGGAUUUUGAACUCGAAAAUCAAAAAUGACUAAACGAUUACGUUCGCUACAAUUUACAUUCUAACCCGAUGAGAACUUUCAUUAUUUAAUCAACUUGGAUGUUGAAAAAUUUGCCAAACUCGGAGGGAAAAUUAAAAUCCGCCCAAACUGAACUUGCCUGUUUAUUCAGAUUAUUCAAACAAAUAUAAAAAUUGUUUUCUUUCCGAGAAAAAAAAUUACCACCUGCAAUUAUAUCAAUAGAUUAUUUAUUUAUUAACAGUUUCUUCAAUUAAAAUGUAAAUUCAAAUUCA